UAUGAAAUGACGUUAACUGAAAGUGCUGUAUACACGUCCCAGGACUGCGUGAAAGUGAUGCAUUGUGGGGGAAGUUAAAGCUUGUUACGUUUGACAUUGAAGUGAGGUGGUAAGGAACUGUAGAUCUUUAUAUUUGGUCUGCGGGGUGAGACCAGGCAAUACAGGCUACUUCUGGAAGGAUGGGUGCCACAGCUUCAACUUCCACAGUUCAGCCAUCAAAACUAACAGCAGCACAGCAUGCCGCAACCCCGCCACCUGGGUGCCCAAUGCAAGACAGUCAACCAGCUUCCCCACCACCAGGAUGCCCAAUGCACCAAUCUGCUGGGUCAACCCCACCAGAGCAGAACGGGGGUCCCCCAGUCCCAGCGCACCAGGAGAGGGCCUAUGAGUUUGUGGAAUGCCCAAUGAAGGCAGCGGCUGGAGGAGACAAAAUGACUCAUGACAUCGACCCAGCAAACAUGAUGCCCCCUCCAAACCAGACACCAGCCCAGGACCAGCCUUUCCCCCUUCCUGUGAAUAGAGAAGUAUCUAGUAUUCCCAGGGCUGGUUCAGACAAACAAUGGGUCUACCCAUCUGAGCAGAUGUUUUGGAAUGCAAUGCUAAGAAAGGGGUGGCGGUGGAAAGAGGAUGAUCUUGGUCCUCAAGACAUGACCAACAUUAUCAAGAUUCAUAACCAGAACAAUGAACAGGCUUGGCAGGAAAUAUUAAAAUGGGAAGCCCUUCAUGCUGAGGAAUGCCCAUGUGGACCUUCUCUGGCUCGGUUUGGAGGCAAAGCUAAAGAAUUGUCACCAAGAGCCAAAAUGCGCUCAUGGAUGGGGUAUGAACUGCCUUUUGACAGGCAUGACUGGAUUAUCAACCGCUGUGGAAAAGAGGUGCGAUAUGUGAUUGAUUAUUAUGAUGGAGGAGAAGUUGAUAAGCAGACCUAUCAGUUUACUAUCCUUGAUGUCCGCCCAGCUCUGGACUCUCUUGGGGCUGUUUGGGAUAGAACGAAAGUGGCUUGGUGGCGCUGGACUUCAUAAUUCUUCACUAUGUAUUAAAGAUAACAUUCAUAUCCUGGAAAGAACAAAAAACUAUUUAUACUGUAAUUGGCCUUUCCUUCCAUUUAUAUAUUGUUUAUAAUUUUUUUUUUUU